AUGUCAUGGACCGCACGCACGACACUGAUUCCUACUCUCCUGAUCGUCUCUGCCGUUGUUGCUUGGUGGUUUACCGAGCCUAAGAACGCGCGGGUGAACCUCAUCGCCGCUCUCGGCGUUGUUCUCUUCUGUUGCGCCAUCGCCCCAGACCUCUCCCGAGACUUGUCCGCGUCGCUCUCCACCUCCUCCUACGACGCCGUCGCCGGCCCUCCCCUCCGCCUGUUCCUCAUAAACCAUGCCAAUAUGCUCUUGACAGGCGCUGCAGUCGUCUGGCUGCUGCGACGGGCAUGGCAGACGUUGUGGAAACCGGUUCCCGAGCUGAUCAGCAUCCUCGGCGUCGACGUUCCUCACCCCCCGGAUGUGUCUCUGGCCGGAAUCCGUUCCGAUGCGGCCACCGUAAAUUGGAGCCGGCCGCUCUCGAACCGUCCCGUCCAGAAGUUCUUGAUCCAAGUUAAUGGCGUCGUUGUUGGCGAGGUCGCCGCCAACCAAGAACCGGCUAUUGUCGUCAGCGGCCUGAAGCCGAAUCACUUCUACAAUGUGCGUGUCAUCGCUGUAGGAUCGAACAACUUCCAGGCCGGCAGCCGUGUGAUUCGACUACGAACAUUCGGAAGGGAUGGACGGCCUCAACUGGGGAACGCCAGACUCCCCUCCAACUUCCUCCCCGACGAGCAGUCUAGCUCAGCGCAAGGAGAUCAUGUGGAUGAAAACGGUGUUCCCAAAAGCCCGGGCCUUGCUCUCGAGUCUGCUCCGCCGCCGGACGCAACUCCAACUCUGGGCCGCGAAGGGAGCAGCACAGCAUCAUCCGGGCCCCGACGAAACACGGUGACCAGGCGACACUCGCCCUCGACCACCAGCAUGGACGCGCCGCCCAUCCGCAGUGAGCCUGCCAGCGAAUCCGGACAGAGUCUACCCGAACUUACGGAAAGGUUCGAGAGCAUUCGGAAAGAGACCGAGGAGUUGACGGCACUUAUCGCCAAGGAAGAAAGUGAUAACAAGCGGCACUUGGACGAGCUAGAGGCGGAAAAGCAGGAGAAGAAGAAGGAGCAGAAAAAGAAGGAAGAGCAGACAGAGAAGCUGAAGCGCGAGGUCAACGCGACCGACCGGCUCAUGAGGAACGCAAUGCAGCGGAAAACCCAAAAGGAGAAGCUUCUCAAAGACAAGCAAAAUGAGAGGUUAAAAUUCCACGGCGAUAUUGCAAAGUGGGAAAAGGGCAUUGCCGACAUGCGCAGGGAACAAGAGAACUUCGACGGCCAGAAAGAAGAUCUCGAAGCCGAGCGCGACAAGAAACUGGAAAAUUUCCGUCGGUCAACUGAUGACCUGCAGCGGGAAUGUGCUCGCCUGGAGGCGGAGCUCAAGGAGAAAAGGGAACAGGUCAAGGAGUUGGAGGAUGCCAGGAAGAGGCUCCCGGGCGGUGAAGAGGAUGCGGAAUGGCGCGAAAGGGAUGUCGAGUUCAAGAAAGCGUGCCAGCAAAGGCAGAGGGAGCUCCACGAGGCGCUCGUCCAGGAGAACAGGAUUACGCGGAGGCUGGAUGAGCAACUGAGGAUUCUGUCGAUGCAGGUCGGUCACAUUCCAGGCGCACAGCCAGGAUACGGUAUCUACACUCAAGCGAACUCCUCGGGUAUCGACUUUGACAACACCUCUGUCAACGCGCUCAAAAGGCGAAGUCGAAAUAGCAACUCACUGUCGAACGUCUCCAUCUCAUCACCGCUACCCCCUUACUCUCAGCUCGACCCGUCCACCCAUGGACCCCCUGGAUUUGGUGGCCUCCGACCACAGGCGCCGCAGUCCUUUGCUCAAGGUCCCUUCAUGGAUCUCUCGGCUGACAUGCCGCCCCGUCUUGACGAAGCCGGCAUUAGAGCUAUGUCAGCUCCCCUGAGUCCUUCCGCGACCGCGCUUUUGCCUUCGAACAUUCUUGACGAUUUCGACGACGAUGACGAUAGCCCGACGUCGAGAUUUGGCCCCGAAUUCUUUCCCCAGUACGCAGGCUCCCCAGAAAAUGAUCCUCAGUCACCCGCAUCUUCGAGUCGUUCCAUGAGCAUCCCUGUGUCCAGCCCUCGGGGUUCCUCGCACCACCUUCCCUUCCCGGCAUUUGCAGACAGCAGUGAUGGAAGGUCACUUCAAGCCGCAGAUAAUAUGGCCUCGCCCGUCUCGACAGGGCUCUCGACGAACAAGCUCAGCAGUUUCUUCAGCUUCCAGAGAUCGAGGAACCUGAAGGGUGUUGACGAAAAUGGCCCUGCCCUCGGUAGUUUGAAGGCGGGACAAAGCCAGUCCUUCCCGAGACAGACAGGCGAACCAGAUGCGUUGACCAACAAACGCAGGACCAGCUUAUCUGGCUCUUGGAACAUGUUUAACCGAAACUCAGCUGGACCCGCUGUUUUCGAAGGCUAUGUAACGGGCUCCAGAGGCUUCUCAGUCAGAACACUGAAUCCUUUCUCCAGUUCAAACAAGGGAUCAAGCGCCAUAUUCUCAGAGGCCGAUCCCAGCAGCCCAAGGCCGGCCAGCAUUGCUUCAACCGACUUUCCGAGACCAUCAACCGAGGGCGGCUCGAUAUGGGGACCGUAUCCUGCAGAAGGAAGCACUCUAGGCAAGCAAAGCCGUCUCUGGUCUCCGGAAGCGUCUUGGUCUAGGAAUCCGUCCCGUCGAGCAUCUCUCCACGGCUCACCGUCGGCUUUGAAGACGACCUUGGCAUCAGCAGACGAUGAAAUCCUGGAUGAGGAAACCAUGCCCAAUGCCAGCGAAGUCGGUGUUAUCGGCCGGCCGCUUCCAGCAUCGUCAAGGUCUUUUGCACGGCUGAACCCGAACGCGCCGGCAUUCAUGGGUUCCCUCUUCCGAGGCAAACCCGACAAGGACAAAGAUUCUGGCAAGGAGAAGGAGAAGGGCAAAGGCAAAGACAAGGGAAAAGACGCCAAGGAGAAAACAAAGGGCGGGUCUGUCGCCGACACGCCGCUUGUGCCUCCCUUCGAGGCCGAGUCUCCUACAGAUUCACGCAAGUCCCGCGACGGACUGUCCGUCCACACGCAGCCAUCCAUCUCGGAAUCCCGCGAGUCGCUGUCGCUUGAUCAGCCACUCUCCAACACCCCCUCAGAGGCAACGAGCACCGGCUUGGCGAGCAGUAUUAAGGACGAUAACGUGGUUCGAAAACUGUUUCGAAAGGGUAGCUCCAGCAAGUUCAGCCUCCCGGGGCGGCUCGGUGGCAAGGACGGCUCAAGCCUGUUCAAGAAGGGGCCGGGCAGCGCUACCAGCGUCGGAAACUCGGAGAAGGGCAACUCGGCGGAGCGCGCCAGCAUCGGGGAGGUCGAGGAUGUCAAUAGUCGGGAUGAGGGCAGCAGUUCGCUUGGGCGAAGCUAUGAUAGCGCUACUGGCAGUCCCAGCCUGGGCCCAAUUCUGAGCAAUACUCGGUCCGCUAAAGACGGUAAGACGGGCAGUGCGCGAUGGCUUAGUUUCAGCAAGAAGGCGAAGAAGGAGAAGGAGAGCUUAGACCUGGAGAGAGACAGGGUGUCGGAGUCUGAAGGGUUCACGGAUGACAACACUAGGUAG